UGUUAUUGAGAACGUGUGCACCUCGCUGCUAAAAUUGUAAACAAAAUGACCCAAAAGCACCAUCAAAAUCCAUAACUAAAGAAUAAUAUACGAUAAUAAAAAAAUCUAACACACUCGUCUCAUUAUUCCUAUUAAAACUUCCUCCAAAGCUCUCUAACAUUAUUUUUCUUGGCCUUGCUUGGAUUUUCCUUUUCUACUUGGGUUAUUUAUAAGUUUUGGUGUGGAGAAAAAACUAAUUAAGCCAAUUACAUAAUAACACACCUAACAGUGCACGUCUGCUACCCAAACCAUUACCAUAAAUAAAACAAUGGACGGAAAAAUUGUCCCCGAAAGACACAAGCGCAAACAAAAGAAUCCCGAUUUGAAACUCAAGAUGGCGACCGAUUUGUCCGUCGACAAUGCAAACGGCAACGAUCAUCAUCCCACGAUGAUGAACUUAACGAUCCCAAUCCCAAGGUCUGCAGUGACCACAUCCUCACAGUUGCAGACCAAUUCGCAAACCAGUACGACAACGACACGCGUCACCUCAAGCUCCACGAGUACGCAACGACGCCAUGUGACGUCCUCCGACCUGAAGGCAUCUAACAUGAAAUCUGAUCUCAUCGAAAUGAAAAAUAAUUUGAACGACAUGAAGAGCAGCAUAUCGAAUCUGAACAAGUUGAGGAGCUCCUUGGAGAAUCUCGACGCCGACGACGACGACAUGGACGAGAUUUCACAGCCGCUGGUCACCUUCCCCGACGACACGCCAGUGCCCUCCGAAGUCGGGUCCCCCACGCACGCCCUCGACACCGUCAAGUUCGAGCAGAAGACCAUGAACAACUUCAAAAAGACCAAGGUUGUGAAAGACGGUAUUAGCGCCGAGAAGGAGAGUGCAAAAUGCGCCGAAAUGAAGAAAAUCCAGGCUGGAGACGUGUCCUACGAGGAGAACAGCGCCGCGGCGUCGUCGAGGGCCCGUCUGGAGAUCGACGGAAUCUCCGCCGAGAAAAGUCAAAUGAAAGCAAAGGAGACACGCUCACUCAAAGCUGGAGAUCUCAGCCAACAAGAGUCGAAAAAUAUGGCCCAAACGAAUAUGAAAGUCGUCACUGAUAAAUUCCACACCGAACAAACAGCGAUGGAAAGUAAGCAACAACAACAAACAGUUACGUCUAGUGGUGUUUACAAUUCGGAAGAACACACUUCAUCUAGUCACUCCUUGUACAAGAGUAGCACCAAAGGAAUCAGCUCAGGGGCUGUGUUAAUGCGCCAGUUCUGUUCCCUGACCGGCAACAAAGAAGAAGAGAUCCUCAACAUGACCUGCGAAGACCUCGAACAGCUCUCCACCACGUCCAACCCGCAAGAAGUGGAGCGCGCCAUCCACAAGUACUCCUCAUACCUCGAUCAGUCAAUUAAAUGCCUCCAGAAGACCGACCAACCGAAGAACGCCCCUCUAAUCCUCGAUAAAAUCAACGACGUGAUGCAGAAGGCCUGGGCUGUGCCCACUCACGGCCACGAACUGGGCUAUUCCCUCUGCAACGCUUUACGCAACUGCGGCGGUUUGGACCUCCUCAUGACCAACUGCACCAAAACCGACAAGAAGUUGCAAUUCGCUAGUGCGCGACUCCUCGAGCAAUGCCUCACGACCGAGAACAGGGCCCAUGUGGUGGAGCACGGCCUCGACAAAGUGGUCAACAUCGCGUGUGCAUGCACCAAGAACGCCAACUCGGUGGACCACUCCCGCGUCGGGACCGGCAUCCUGGAGCACUUGUUCAAGCACAGCGAGGAGACCUGCAGCGACGUGGUGCGGCUGGGGGGCCUCGACGCCCUCCUCUUCGAAUGCAGAAAGAGCGACGUGGAGACGCUGAGACACUGCGCCGGGGCUUUGGCCAACUUGAGUCUCUACGGCGGGGCCGAGAACCAGGAAGCCAUGAUCAACAGGAAGGUGCCCAUGUGGCUGUUCCCCCUCGCCUUCCACCACGACGACAACAUCAAGUACUACGCCUGUUUGGCGAUUACUGUCUUGGUGGCCAACGCGGAGAUCGAGGCCCAGGUGCUCCAAUCGGGCACUUUGGGGCUCGUGGAGCCCUUCGUCACCUCGCACAACCCCUCGGAGUUCGCCAAGUCGAAUCUGGCUCACGCUCAUGGCCAGAGCAAGACUUGGCUCAAGCAUCUGGUGCCGGUCUUGAGCUCGAAGCGGGAGGAGGCGAGGAAUCUGGCCGCGUUCCAUUUCUGCAUGGAAGCGGGGAUCAAGGCCCAACAGGGGAAUACGAAUAUUUUUGCCGAGAUUGGGGCCAUUGAGUCGUUGAAGAAAGUGGCGAGUUGUCCCAAUGCCGUGGCGUCCAAGUACGCGGCGCAGGCCUUGAGACUCAUUGGGGAGGAAGUGCCCCACAAGCUGAGUCAGCAGGUGCCGCUGUGGUCGGCCGAGGACGUGGAGGAGUGGGUCAAACAGAUCGGGUUUGCCCAAUACGCGCCCAGUUUUGUCGAAAGUCGCGUCGAUGGGGACCUUUUGCUCCAGUUAACGGAGGAGAAUUUACGGGAAGAUAUCGGGCUAACGAACGGAAUUAAACGAAAACGAUUCACGAGAGAGCUUCAAAAAUUGAAAAAAAUGGCUGAUUACACUUCUCGGGACACAGCGAAUAUCAACACGUUUUUGCAAACGUUGGGACCGGAGUUCAGUAUCUACACUUAUAGUUUGUUAAAUGCUGGAGUUGAGACCAAAGAAGCUUUAAGGAAUAUUUCCGAAGACCAAUUAUUGAACGAAUGUACAAUUACGAAUUCGAUUCACCGAUUCCGGAUCAUGGAAGGAAUUAGACAACUCGAAAAUGGACUUGCAAAUUUGAACGAAGACAAUUUGGACAAAUCCUUGGACGUAUUUGUCAGUUAUCGAAGAUCAAAUGGAUCUCAGUUAGCUAGUUUAUUAAAAGUACAUUUACAAUUAAGAGGCUUCAGUGUCUUUAUCGAUGUCGAACGUUUAGAAGCCGGAAAAUUCGACAAUAACUUGUUACAAAGUAUCCAAAAAGCGAAGCACUUCUUACUGGUUCUCACACCAAAUGCUCUUGAGAGGUGUAGAGGGGACAAUGAACGGAAAGACUGGGUGCAUAGAGAGAUUGUGGCAGCUUUGCAAGCUCAGUGCAACAUUAUUCCCAUCAUCGAUAACUUCCAGUGGCCGGAAGCGGACGAAUUACCAGAAGACAUGAGACAAGUGUGUCAUUUUAACGGAGUUCGGUGGAUUCACGAUUACCAGGACGCUUGCGUGGACAAAUUAGAAAGGUUCAUGCGCGGGGAGCUGAGCACGCGGUGCACGGAGGGCGUGAAGUUCGGCAAGGGCGACAACACGCCGGGGACCCCCGCAAACCCGGCCCUCGCUCGACAGCCCCCAAGCUACCAGCGAAUGCACAGCAACGACUCCGGCAGUGGCAAAAGCUCCGACAAGGACGUGAACGGCAACACGGGACUCUCUAGAGACUGACUAGAUGGUCCCCUCGCCUCGGGCCCCCCAACUCCGUUGCCUAGUUCUUAUUUGCAGGUUCUAUAAAACUGCUAGUCCGGCGCGGAACUGGAUAAUGAAUACGAGUCGACAUCCGCGGGGCUUGCCCCCGCAGCAUCCCUACCAUCGCCGGGGUUCGAACAGCCCCUCCGUGGGGGCUGGGAAGCCCCCGACGCCGAACAGAUCUCGCAGUCUGGACGGGCUUCUCGACUCAGAACCGACUUGUGCAGCUUCAGAUGCAACUAUUGAACCCACUCCGUCCCAAAACACGAAAAGUUGUGACGAUUUAGAUAAAGAUUUCGACGAGCAGACUGAAGACGCUAACUUAAGUGCAAAUAACUUGGACGUCGAUAAAGUUUCGAUACAGAGCGGUUCAAGUGAUUCGAAACGAAAACGAAAUUUCAUGGACCGAUGUGUCAGUAAAGUGAGAUCUCUUAUUAAAAAGUAAUUUACUGACGUGUAAACUAUUUUAGUGAAUUUUCAUACAUAUGAUGGCAAAGUGAUAUAAUUUUAUUUAUUAUUGUAUUUGUUAUUUAUAAGUGGUGGAUUCAUAAUCCAUCAACACGGUUUUAAUGUGUAAAGAAUUGCUUAUACAAAGCAAUUUUUUUAUUUUUUUAAUAUGGCAACUAAAUUACUUAGUACAAAAUUGUGCUUUUAUAUGAAAUGUGAUUAUCAUGCAGCCUUUCAAAGUCGCUCUGACUUAUUUUUCGACGUUUUUUUAGCACUAAGGAGUACAUUAAAAUAAUGUAUGUAAUGUUUUAAUAUGUACAGUUUAUUGUACCAAGCUUGCCUCAAUUAGCAGUAUUGGUAAAAGUUUUGACAAUGCAUCAUUGCCUUAUUGUUCGAAAAUAUUCUUAUGCGGAAUUAACACAUUUUACUAGUAUUGUAAUUAUGUUGUUUUUUAUGUUAAAUUUAAAAAUAUAUUUUAUUAAGACAC